AGCGGAGUGCGGAGAGUGUGCGUUACACGGUUACAAAAAAAAAAAAUAAAUCAUAUAGGCUACCGGCAUGGAAAUGUUGGCGGGCGGAUUUAGGGCCACCGAGCAGGCUGUUGAGCAGGUCUAAUCUCCACUCUGCACUUUUUUUGUUCCUGAACGGUAACAAACAAGGGGGAGACGUACAUAUAUUUACGCACUGGCAACGCAGCAUGCCCGAGUUGGACUAGAGGCGACUCUGCUGGAGCGCAACACGCACGCGGAACGGCGCUGAGAGCCGGGAGGGAUAUUUACAAUAGAAACUCAAUUCCUUUGCGAAGAAGAAUAGCAGGUGGAGGGGGGUGAGUGAAAGAUAACACUGGAAUGAAGUGGACCUCGGGAUUCCCAGCGUGCUGCGGAGUUGUGACUGAUGGAUGAAUGUGGUCAUCUGUAGGCUAUAUACAGCGACAGGUACAGACACCAUCAGGGGAGCUUUGACAAAGACACGGCGCAGCGCUUCAUCUGCAGCCGCAUCGCCAAAACUGUGUCUCCAAAAUAAAAACCCUGUGUGAUUGGUUAGAUCUGUUUCACCACACACCAGAUCGUGUCUCCGAGUUGUCCCCACAGAGCAAGAAGGUCAGGAAGGGCUGCUUUUGUCUCAGCCACAGGUCAACCAGGACACUCGGGGGCUGCUUUCCUACCAGAUCCUAACAAGAACCGGGGCUCCUUCGCACGUCCAGCGGACAGUUCACCCAAGGACACGGGGGCCUGGAGCAGAUUUUAAGAAGUCGGACAGAAGGACAUGUAUCUGAUAUCGACCUCACAUGCUCCCGACUGAUCGUAGCUCACCUUCCCACCGGGCGAACCACAGAUAAAGGCUGCCAGGCGCACUGUUCGACGCUCUGAGUUAUCGGCUCACUGUCUGUACAUUUAUCAGAAUGGCGGGGCUAGGUUGUUGGAAGUAUUAUCUCUGGAUCUUAAUUUUAAUGUGCAGGUCGGCGUUACCUUCGGCCAAAUCGCUGGAGACUAUAAUUUGGAGCUCACAGAAUCUCAAGUUUCUGGCUGGAAAGGGCCUGGUGAUCUACCCAGACAUCGGGGACAAACUGGACAUCAUCUGUCCCAAAGCGGACCAAGGCAGAGACUAUGAGUACUACAAGCUGUACCUGGUGAAGAGGGAGCAGGCGGAGAGCUGCAGUACCGUCCUCGAUCCUAAUGUCUUGGUCAACUGUAACAAGCCUGAGAAGGACAUCAAGUUCACCAUCAAAUUCCAGGAGUUCAGCCCAAACUACAUGGGCCUGGAGUUCAAGAGGAACGUCAACUACUACAUCACCUCAACCUCCAAUGGCACAGUCGAGGGCCUGGAGAACCGGGAGGGAGGUGUGUGCAAGAGCCGAGCCAUGAAAGUCAUCAUGAAAGUCGGGCAAGUCCCAAACGCAGCGAACCCUGUGGCGCCGGAGGCUCCAGAAGACAACGCUAUACCGGAGUCCAGCCCCAGUCCGCCUGGCCAGGGUCGGAUUGGACCAGAGAUGCCAGGAAACCCUGACCACAUGAAUCAGGACCAGUCUGGUUCCUCUGCAAACUCGGACAGUAUCCUCAGCUCCAAAGUGGCUGUGUUCUCUGCCAUCGGGGCCGGCUGCAUCAUCUUCCUCCUGCUCAUCCUUCUCCUCGUCAUCCUGCUCAUCAAGAUGCGCAAGCGCGCCAGGAAAAACGCCCACUCGCAGCCCCGCCCCUCAGCGCUGUCACUCAGCACGCUGUCCAAUCCCAAGCUACCCGGGGGCACGGCUGGCACGGAGCCCAGUGACAUCAUCAUUCCGCUGCGGACAGAGAACAACUACUGCCCUCACUAUGAGAAGGUGAGCGGCGACUAUGGCCACCCUGUCUACAUUGUCCAGGAGAUGCCGCCGCAGAGCCCUGCCAACAUCUACUACAAAGUCUGACACGCUCCGCACAGCCAGCGACACAGUCAGGAGAGAGAAAGAGAGGAGCGCUUGAUUUAAGUUCUUGGGAAGAACACUUUCCUUUGCAUUUUUGGGACUUGAUGCUUCUUCAAGCCCGUGUUAUUUCUACCACCUGCUGCACAAAUCUGGAGAGACACGCACUGACCAAUAACCAGCGGGGUUGUGAGCUGACUAAUGAGAGAAGUUUAUUCUGUUUGUUUGGGUUGUCUGCCCCCCUCCACCCUCCCCCCGUCCUCCCCUCACCUCCCACUGUCUACAUCUCCCUGCUGUGGUCCAACAGGGGGGCGGGGUUGGAGCGAACCAACAGAUGGAACUCUUAGCUUCCUGGUUCGCUGUCCCCUUUAACGGGCAGGAUGUAACUUAUCUCAGUUCCCUGAAGUACAGUCUGAGCUACACCCAAUUAAACACACCAUCCUAGCACACUAGCCAGGAACAGGCAGACACAGGCCCCAGAUGCCACUCAGCCUGCAGUUUGUGUGCAAGCAUAAAACGUGUGUGUGUUUCUGUGUGCAUGUGUGUUAGUCAGGGCUCCACGCUGGGCCAGGAAACUCUCCAGAUAGCUCAGGUAUCAGACACAGUGUGUGAAAUAAUGUGUUCCUCUCCCUUCGCACCUCUGAUGUUUGCCUUACUUACUAUUUUUGAUGGAGGAUUUCCUCAAACCCUGAUUCAGUUCACAAAGCAGUUGUAUUUUGUUAGAUUUUUCCUACAAGUGCACAAUGUAUAGAGUUGAAUAGAUCAUCAUUAUUACUCCAUCUUCUCACUCAUCCAUUGCGUUCAUGUUUUUCCUGAGAAAGUACCUUGACCUGGACUGUUGAUGUUGAGGUGUGUAUGUGUAUGUGUGUGUGUUCCUGAAUACUUCCUUCUCCACUGGUCUGAUCUGAGCUUUACCAUUACUCUGGUAUUUAUGACCUGCUUGUGUGCAUUUGAGGGUGUGUCCUUUGUGUGUGUGUGUGUGCGUUUGGGCAUGUCCAAACUAGUCUUGUAUCUGGGCAGACUUCUUGGCUUAGGGGUAGAAUACCACGUUACUGUAUUGCAAGCUUCAAACACAAGACGGACAGACUGGCAAGCCGACAGACAGACAAGAUCUUACAAAACCCCUCCAUUGCUCCAUUUGGCACUGAUUGAAGGUUUUAUGUGUCUGCUGAGUUUUCAGGGGGAUGGUUUUUAAGACAGCAGGCAGGUUGAUAUUUGUUUGUUGUGGCGUCUGGUGCUACGGUGUAAGCAUCAAACAGUCAGUUUGGUGCCUGCUGCCUGGGCGAGGUGGGCGUAGUUUGGAUGGUCGGCACUGAUUGGCUGGCCUACAUAGGUAGGAUGCCCUAUAUAUAAGUUGGAUGGCGAGCUACGGCUGAACAUUGGGAUACAGUAUUGUCAGAUGCCAAUUGGCUGCCAUCUGUGGAUGAGUCAGUGGAGUGCGCAGUGAGUGGCGUCGCCAGUGUGUGACUAAUCUAUGUGCCAUCUCUGUGCCCACACUCACCAGCCGGGGAGGAGAGAGAGCGAGAGUGGCGGAUAAAGGAGAAAAUGUUCCUGCGACUUGGCUUUAACCUGAGAGGAAGAUGGUGGUGUGGAUGGA